CUGCCAUGGCCGCGAUCAAGCACCGGCGGACGGCCCUGGAGCGAGUGGAGAAGUUCCUGUCCGACACCUACUUCACCGACUGCAACCUGCGGGGCAGGCUUUUUGGGGAUCGCUGUCCAGCGGCAUCGCUCUCCUGCUUCCAGACUCCGCGGCGCAUCCCGUACGAGGAGGCUGUGGCGCAGGAAUUCGGGCCGGCUCAAGUGGGAGAGUCUUUCGGGCCCACGAGGCUCCCAUUCCAGGCCUGCCUGCUGUGCAUGGGCUGCCAGUGACUCGUGGUCCCUCGGGGCUGUGACUCCCACCCCGGCUCCAGGUCCCCCUCCAGCCCGGCUCCCCGGCAGGGAAGGAGCUGUGGUGGCAGGGGGAGAGAACCUGGACCUAGAUGAUAUUUAAGGUCCCUUCCAACGCAGGCUGUUCUGUGAUUCUGUGAACCUGCUGUCUCAAACCACAGUGAGCCCAGGGACGAUGGAAGCCACUCCAGGUGUGCAGCAUGGAUUUUUGCUAGGAAAGCCACCUCCUUUUGAGGAGACACGGUGCAGUGGUGGCUGAUGCGGCUUACAAAGUCUGUGCUGACUUCUUUAUUUUUAAAUUCAGAAUCUUCCCCCGCGUUUUAAAUAUCUGCCAGUGUUAAAUUUCUCUGCUUAGAAAAAUAUAUAUAUCCCAUAUGUGGAUUUCUGGAGUGAAAUGCACCAAGCCCCCCCACCCCGUCCCUCCUCCUUCUCUUGCCCACACACACACACACAGAGCAGCUCUGUCGAAUAGUGGCUUGGUAUUUCCCAUGAUGUUUUCUCCAAGACAGAAAGGGAAAAAUACAUCAGCACAAUCAGCCCCAGCUGAGUUGCUCAGCAACACUUCCCAAAAGCGAAGAUCCUUGGAGUUGGAAGACAAGGUGGAUAAAAAUUACCCACCAGGAAAAAAGCCAAACAUUAAAAAAAAUUAAAAUUAUAUACUCUAUAUUUAUAUUUCUUUCAGGCUGCUUAUACCUCAGUUGUUUAACCCCCAAAUGCACAUGCUGCCUCUGCUGUUUCCUCUUGCCAGCCUUAGAAAAGGGGUUGGAUUAUAUCUCCCUCUUCCCCCCUCCCCUCUCCCACCCCAAAACCUGCAUGCUGCAACAGUGCCUCAGACCAGGAACACGGCUGUGGGUGAGCGAGUGUCUUCCUCCAGUUAAGAACAAAGACAUUAUUUUUUUUAUUUACAAAAAAAGGAGAAAAAAGUUUCCACACAA